AUGUGUAGCAAGUCUUUAGUCUUGCUUGGCUGGCACAGGGGUAUUCUGCAGCUGAUCACGCAGAAUGACGCCACGUGUCAGGCAGAGCUGGCUGAGAUAGUAGGAACAGUGGACAAUGUAAUGGGCGGCUGCAAAGGGGAAGAUGAACUUGUUCAGCGAGAGCACAAAGUCGGAGAGCAUGAAGCAGAGAGCGCCAAAAGUCACAGUGCGCGCAUCUGCCACGUUGGUGCAAAAAGCAGUGUAGAACAUGAUGACGAUGGCGAGGCUGUAGGAAGGGAUGGUGAAAAUGAGAUCGGCGGGGAGGACGGGCAGCAGAGUGGUGAGCGCCCCCACAAGCACGGUAAAGGCAAUGAGGGCCCCGAAAGAAGAAGGGGUCAUGUCCCGCGCGAAGAGCGCAAUGUAAGCAAGGUGGCUGAGGCGGAAAUACUGCACGCCAGCCACAAAGUGGCUCUCGUACACGAGCGCCCAGUCACCGGCCCCAGAGAACCAGAUGGCCGCGAUGAGCAAGGCCUUGGAGACAAAGCCAAAGGAGAAGACGCCCGAUUGACGAGAGUAGCGAGCGCUCAUGGCCCAGAUGAGCAGGACCAUCAUCGGGAGGCACUUGACGAGACAGGCGAGGGUAAGAUCAUCGCCACCACCCGCCGUGAGGGCUGGGCCCAUGAUCGUGUACGGCACUGCAGACAGCAGCGUCAAACCAUCCCACACCGUGGGUGACCAGUCAGAAAGCUUCAUCCUGGCAGGGGUGGCAGGACAGCACCACCACUUGAUCCACUGCUGCUGCACUUCACACACACACACACACACACACACACACACACACACACACACACACGCACGCACGCACGCACGUACGCACGCACACACAGAGAGACGAGAGGGAUACGCUUCAAAGCUCGGCCACCGUCGACCAAGAGUGCCGUCACCCCCUCAACC